AUGGCGCCCACAAUUCCUCUUUCAGUGGCUAUCUACGACAACCCUGGCAUUAUGCACUGGAGCCUCUACAUUGAAGCCAACAAUGACGCCGAUAAGACAAUCAUUCAUGUUCUCGGUGCGCGUCAGCAGUAUUUCCCCGAUAUCAGGACGCCGUCCGACGCACGUAUUUCGAAUUCUCUUAUCGAGCUUCUGCCUCUUUGUCAAAUUGAUGCGACCAAAAUCGAGAUCCUCAAAAACAUUGCAUACGCUACCCCCAUCCGCAACGACUUGGCAGAUUGGAGCUGCCAGGAUUAUGUCCUCGAUAUCUUGGACAAGCUUGAGGAUGUAUUGAUUAUCGAUGCAAAGGAUGCUGGCUAUGUUAGCAACAAGGAGGCGGUCGCUGCGAAACGCGAGUCGUGGCCGUAA